GGCUGCUGGGUUUGGGUUGCUUGGGUCCGGCAAUGCCCAUGAGCCUGCUGAGGAGGCCGGGAGCCCAGGCCAAUCCAGCUGGGCCUGGGGGGCCAUCCUGUUUUCACAGCAACAGCCUUUUAGGGCAUCUACUUUGUGCCAGGCAGGGUGCCAGAUCUGGGGCUGGAAAGGCCAUCGAGACACCUUGGAGUGGGAGACAAGGGGGAGUAGAUAGCUCCUCUGCAGGCAGCAGGAGUGGGGUGCAGGAAGCUGUUUACAUGAGUUGGUGGCGUAGCUGAGGUCUCUGAGAGGAAGAGCCCUUUGAGAUGGACUUGGAAGGUUGAGAAGGAGUUUUACGGAGGGACUCAUUCAGGUGGCUGCUCCUUGUGUUCCUCCAUCCAGCCAUGAACUGGUGCCCAUCACCACGGAGACUGUCCCCAAGAAUGUAGUGGAUGUGGGGGAAGGAGACCGCAAGGGUGGAAGCUCUCCCAAAAGCCUCCAGGAAGGGGACUCCAUGAGAGUUUCCCCAAGCAUCCAGCCGCAGCCACAGCCUCUCAGUCUCUCUAGAAACAUGAGUGUGAGCCGAGCCAUGGAGGACAGCUGUGAGCUGGACCUGGUGUAUGUCACCGAGCGCAUCAUCGCCGUGUCCUUCCCCAGCACAGCCAAUGAGGAGAACUUCCGUAGCAACCUCCGUGAAGUGGCCCAGAUGCUGAAGUCCAAACAUGGGGGCAACUACCUGCUGUUCAACCUAUCUGAGCAGAGGCCUGAUGUCACGAAACUCCAUGCUAAGGUCCUGGAAUUUGGCUGGCCUGAUCUGCACACACCGGCCCUGGAGAAGAUUUGUAGCGUCUGCAAGGCCAUGGACACCUGGCUCAAUGCAGACCCCCACAAUGUUGUUGUUCUCCACAACAAGGGAAACCGAGGCAGGAUUGGGGUUGUCAUCGCAGCGUAUAUGCACUACAGCAACAUUUCAGCCAGUGCUGACCAGGCUCUGGACCGGUUCGCAAUGAAAAGAUUCUAUGAGGAUAAGAUUGUGCCCAUUGGCCAGCCGUCCCAGAGGAGGUACGUGCACUACUUCAGCGGCCUACUCUCUGGCUCCAUCAAAAUGAACAACAAGCCCUUGUUCCUGCACCAUGUGAUCAUGCACGGCAUCCCCAACUUUGAGUCUAAAGGAGGGUGCCGACCGUUUCUCCGCAUCUACCAAGCCAUGCAGCCUGUGUACACAUCUGGCAUUUACAACAUCCCCGGAGACAGCCAGGCCAGCAUCUGUAUCACCAUUGAACCAGGGCUGCUCCUGAAGGGAGACAUCUUGCUGAAGUGUUACCACAAGAAGUUCCGGAGCCCGGCUCGAGACGUUAUCUUCCGAGUGCAGUUCCACACCUGCGCCAUCCAUGACUUGGGGGUUGUUUUUGGGAAGGAAGACCUGGAUGAGGCCUUCAAAGAUGAUCGAUUUCCUGAUUACGGCAAAGUGGAGUUUGUCUUUUCCUAUGGGCCAGAGAAAAUUCAAGGCAUGGAACACCUGGAGAAUGGGCCCAGUGUCUCUGUAGACUAUAACACCUCUGACCCCCUCAUCCGCUGGGAUUCCUACGACAACUUCAAUGGACAUCGUGAGGAUGGCAUGGAGGAAGUGGUGGGUCACACCCAAGGGCCUCUGGACGGGAGCCUGUAUGCCAAAGUGAAGAAGAAGGAUUCCCUGAAUGGCAGUUCGGUGCCUGUCACUGCUGCACGGCCUGCCCUGUCAGCCACUCCCAACCAUGUGGAACACACACUGUCUGUGAGCAGCGACUCUGGCAAUUCCACAGCCUCCACCAAGACAGACAAGACCGAUGAGCCUGUUUCUGGGGCUGCCACUGCCGCCGCGACCCUGAGUCCUCAGGAGAAGAAGGAGCUUGAUCGCCUGCUAAGCGGCUUUGGUGUAGACAGAGAGAAGCAAGGCGCCAUGUACCGGGCUCAGCCACUCAGGUCCCACCCAGUCGGGGGCCCAACUGUGUCCUCCCCUGGCCGCCACAUCGUCCCAGCCCAGGUUCACGUCAACGGCGGGGCUCUGGCAUCUGAGCGGGAGACGGACAUUCUGGAUGAUGAGCUGCCCAUCCAGGAUGGGCAGAGUGGGGGCAGCAUGGGCACGCUGUCCUCCCUGGAUGGGGUCACCAACACCAGCGAAGGUGGAUACCCAGAGACCCUGUCCCCACUGACCAAUGGUCUGGACAAGCCCUAUUCCGCAGAACCUAUGCUCAAUGGUGGAGGCUACCCCUAUGAGUCUGCCAGCCGGAUGGUGCCUGUCCACAGCAGUCACUCAGCCCCCAUUCGGCCCUCCUACUCUGCUCAGGAGGGUUUAGCCGGCUACCAGCGUGAGGGACCCCAUCCAGCCUGGUCACAACAAGUGGCUAGCACCCACUGUGGCUAUGACCCCAGUGGUCUGUUCCGAUCCCAGUCCUUUCCAGAGGUAGAGCCCCAGCUGCCCCAAGCUCCAGCUCGUGGGGGCAGCAGCCGAGAGGCUGUGCAGAGGGGGCUGAAUUCAUGGCAGCAGCAGCAGCAGCAGCAGCAGCAGCAGCAGCAUACUCUCCUACCACCCCGCCAGCAGGAGAGAGCCACACUGCAGAGUCCUGCCAGCAGCAAGCCUAGCCCCCAGCUGUCAGCAGAAACCCCCAUACCUGCUCUGCCAGAGUUCCCAAGGGCAGCCUCUCAGCAGGAGAUCGAGCAGUCCAUUGAAGCCCUCAAUAUGUUGAUGCUGGAUCUAGAACCAGCUUCAGCGGCUGCCCCUCUUCAUAAGUCCCAGAGUGUUCCUGGGGCCUGGCCAGGGGCUUCCCCACUUGCUUCUCAGCCCCUCUUGGGCUCUUCCCGCCAGUCCCACCCACUGACCCAGUCCCGAUCUGGCUAUAUCCCUAGUGGGCAUUCCCUGGGAACCCCGGAGCUGGUCUCUUCUGGCAGGUCUUAUUCACCUUAUGAUUAUCAGCUGCGCCCGGCUGGAUCCAACCAGAGUUUCCGUCCAAAGAGUCCAGCCUCUUCCACCUUCCUUCCAAGCCCCCAUAGCUCUGCGGGGCCUCAGGAACCCCCAGCCUCUCUCCCUGGUCUCAUCACUCAGCCUCAGCUCCCACCAAAGGAAACUACUUCAGACCCCUCCCGAACUCCAGAGGAAGAGCCGCUGAACCUGGAAGGGCUGGUAGCCCACAGGGUAGCAGUGCGCUCUCCUCCAGGUCUGGCCAAGACACCCCUCUCUGCUCUGGGUCUGAAGCCCCACAACCCAGCGGACAUCCUGCUGCACCCCACAGGUGUCACCAGAAGACUGAUCCAGCCAGAGCCCCGGAGCUACGUGGAGUCUGUAGCGAGGACAGCAGUGUCAGGGCCUCGAACUCAGGAUGUCGAGCCCAAGAGCCUCAGUGCCCCAGCUGCCCAUGCCUAUGGACAUGAGACACCCCUGAGGAACGGGACCCCGGGUGGCUCCUUUGUCUCCCCUAGCCCCCUUUCCACGAGCAGUCCCAUCCUCAGCGCUGACAGCACUUCCGUGGGCAGUUUCCCAUCAGGGGGGAGCAGUGACCAGGGCCCCCGGACACCCAUCCAGCCCAUGCUGGACUCCAGCAUCCGCUCAGGCAGCCUGGGGCAGCCGAGUCCUGCAGCAUUGAGUUACUGGAGCUCCUCACCGGUCCCGGCUGGUGGCAGCAGCUACAGCAGCCCUGACUAUUCCCUUCAGCCACUCAGCUCUUCUCCAGAAAGCCAAGUCCAGCCACAGUUCAGUGCGGCCACCAUCCACACGGUGCCUGGGAGCCCUCAGGCACGACACAGGACAGUGGGCACCAACACUCCACCUAGUCCUGGCUUUGGCCGGCGGGCUGUCAACCCCACCAUGGCUGCCCCCGGCAGUCCCAGUCUGAGCCACCGGCAGGUGAUGGGCCCAUCUGGCCCUGGUUUCCAUGGCAACGUGGUUUCUGGCCACCCAAGCAGUGCAGCCACCACACCUGGAAGCCCCAGCUUGGGCCGGCACCCAGUAGGAAGCCACCAGGUUCCAGGCCUCCACAGCAGUGUGGCCACAACUCCAGGAAGCCCAAGCCUGGGUCGACACCCUGGGGCCCAUCAAGGGAAUCUGGCCUCCGGUCUCCAUGGCAAUGCAGUCAUGAGCCCUGGGAGCCCCAGCUUGGGCCGGCACCUGGGUGGAUCUGGAUCUGUGGUUCCUGGAAGCCCCAGCUUGGACCGGCACGCGGCUUACGGUGGCUACUCUACCCCCGAGGACCGACGGCCAACGCUGUCCCGGCAAAGCAGUGCCUCUGGGUACCAGGCUCCUUCCACACCUUCAUUCCCUGUCUCCCCUGCCUACUACCCUGGCCUGAGCAGCCCAGCCACCUCGCCCUCGCCAGACUCAGCAGCCUUCCGCCAAGGGAGCCCCACACCAGCCUUGCCGGAGAAGCGGAGAAUGUCCGUGGGAGACCGGGCCGGCAGCCUCCCCAACUAUGCUACCAUCAAUGGGAAAGUGUCCUCCUCACCCAUUGCCAAUGGGAUGUCCAGUCCCGGCGGGAGCAGCACUGUCUCCUUCUCCCACACGCUUCCAGACUUUUCCAAGUACUCGAUGCCAGACAACAGUCCCGAGACACGGGCUAAAGUGAAGUUUGUCCAGGACACCUCCAAGUAUUGGUACAAGCCUGAGAUCUCCAGAGAGCAGGCCAUUGCACUCCUGAAGGAUCAGGAGCCAGGGGCCUUCAUCAUCCGUGACAGCCACUCCUUCCGAGGAGCCUAUGGGCUGGCCAUGAAGGUGUCCUCGCCUCCUCCAACCAUCACUCAGCAGGGCAAGAAAGGAGACAUGACCCAUGAGCUGGUGAGGCACUUCCUAAUAGAGACAGGCCCCAGAGGGGUCAAGCUCAAGGGCUGUCCCAAUGAGCCAAACUUUGGUUCCCUGUCGGCCCUGGUCUAUCAGCACUCCGUCAUCCCACUGGCUCUGCCCUGCAAACUGGUCAUCCCAAGUCGAGACCCCACAGAUGACUCGAAAGAUAGCUCAGGCCCUGCCAACUCAACCACCGACCUGCUGAAGCAAGGAGCAGCUUGCAAUGUGCUCUUCGUCAAUUCUGUGGAUAUGGAGUCGCUCACCGGGCCACAGGCCAUUUCCAAAGCCACAUCUGAGACUUUGGCUGCUGACCCCACGCCGGCUGCCACCAUUGUUCACUUCAAGGUCUCUGCCCAAGGAAUCACACUGACCGACAAUCAGAGAAAGCUCUUCUUUAGACGACACUACCCCCUCAAUACUGUCACCUUCUGUGACCUGGAUCCACAAGAAAGAAAGUGGAUGAAGACAGAGGGAGGCGCCCCUGCUAAGCUCUUUGGCUUCGUGGCCCGGAAGCCGGGCAGCACCACGGACAACGCUUGCCACCUCUUUGCGGAGCUUGACCCCAACCAGCCGGCUUCUGCCAUUGUCAACUUUGUCUCCAAGGUCAUGCUGAGCGCUGGCCAGAAGAGAUGAAAUCCUGGCGUCCUUGCCCAAGGCCCAGGGCACUGGGGAUGGGGCGUGUGGGGAGGGGAUCUGUGAAUCCUGACCACCUUGAAUCCGGGAAGAGGACUUUGGGUUGGCUGUGGAGAAGGAGAGGAGAAAGUGUAAUGCUGGGAGAGGGAAGUGAAUUCAUUGUGGGGGAGGGGAGAGGGAGGGAGAAAAAAACGAAAGGGCGGAAGAGAGGAACUCGGAAUCCCCUGUACCGAUGGAAGCCACACCUCCCAAAGCCUCUCCAGCUAGCUGGGGAACCUGGCUCCCCUCCCGCUCUGAGAGAAUUGAGCUCCCACAGGGAACACACAGGCCUCUUUGGGGGACCAGAUUUCAUGGAGCAAUGAAAAAGUUUGUUCUCCCUAUCCCUCCUGCUUUGAGAAGAAACCGAGCCGAGACUCCUUCUCUGGAGGUAAGGUUGCUAAACCCAGUGGCCAGCAUAUGACAUCAAGAGGUGACACUUUCUUACAUUUUGCUCACCUGAGGCACCCGUGGUCUGUGCUUGCUCUGACUCCCGUUGCAGGAUGUAAAUGUGCCCCCCCACACUCAUCGAUACCUGCCUCUCUCCACUCUAGUUACAAACAGCUCUGCUUGUCUGUGUCCCUUGUGAUACACAUAUACACACUGACCAAAGAAGGCUAGGGGUAUGGGGUGGCAGGGUACCAGGUCAGGGACAAGCUGUCUCCUGUAGGAACAUAGCUUUAUGGGUAGCAGAAUUCUCUCUCUGUUCCUACAACUGCCUUCUAGUGGCCCUGGGGGCCUCCAGCCUGUCCCCUGUAGAGACCUUGGUGCAGAGGGCAUAGCCAGCCUGCCGCAUCAGCCUUGUUCUGUCUCCUUGAGACUGAAGCUGGGCUGGAGAAAGAGGCGAUGCCCACAGUCUUGGGAAAAGAUACCUGUUAGGAAGGGUGGCAUCUUUUCUGUGGCUUGCGGUAAGUUGGGCAUGCGCACUGAUAGCAUCCAGGACUCUGCCUUAUUCUCUUCUCUCAGCCCGAUUCCUGGGCCGGGAGUGCCAGCUCUAGCUUGAGGCUUGCUGGGGGAAGGGAGCUGUGCCUUUCUGACCUACCCCGUCCUAUAUGGUCCUUAUGUUGGCUUAUCCCGGGAGCCUGCUUCCCAAAGUCCUGCCCAGGAUACCCGGGGAUGCCUGGAGCCCCCUUUUCUCCCUCUGUGUUUUGGGGUCUGACUGUUGCAGACACCUUUCUGGCUGGGGCUGCCCAGGGUGACUGAUAUCAGAGCACCUCUGGGGUUGCUGCUGGAGAACCACAUGGUCCUCCUAUAAUGCCAAAGCUUCCCUGUUCCCCUCUGCCUCAGUUUCCCCAGCAGAACCUUGCUGACUGUGGGACAGAGGACGGAAGGUAUGAAUUUAGGCCAAAGGUCCUAUAUCCAUUUGUGGGGUUGGGAAGGUCCCUGUCACCACUCAGACCUCCAUUUAAACCCAUGGGGGUCCCUAGGGUGGCAUUGUACUGAUAUAUAAAUAUAUAUAAUAUAUACAUGAGACAUACUGAUAGAAUCUGUAAGCUAAUAAAAAUAUAAGAAAAGGUUAAAAAAAAGAAUAGGUAAAUUGACAAGAAAUAUUUAUUGUUUUCCCAUAUUGCUUUAUUGCCCCUGGCCUCAAACUCUUUCCAUUUCUUUUCUAAGGUGUAAGUAAAGUCUGAACUGCAAGGGAUCUUUAUAUUCCAAACAGCCCAGGGCUGGCCUUGGCCUUGACCCUGGUCUUGGCCUCCCUAGGCUACCUCUGGGACUUGGGGGAUGACAUGCUCCAGCUCUUUAGCCCCUCAUUUUCUGGCAAGCAGUAACCCAGCUGCCAGCAUCCUGGAUGUGUGGACGGCUGCUUCCAUCACCACAGGUCUGAGCCAGCGUGUGUUUGGGGAUGCAGGUGUGUAUGGCUGUGGUGUGUGCAUCUCUUGGAUUUUUUUUUUCCUUCCUCCUCCCGGGAGCUUUGACUGUGUGGACGUUGUUUUGAGGAAUCGGAAAGAAGAAUGCCUAGGUUAGGUGGAGAUCAUGGGUAGAGACCCCUUUGGGCCCCUGCUUCCCAAAGAAUAAAUGGGCUUAGCAGUCAAGGUCCUUCUGAAGUGUCCUUGCCUCUGAGAUAUUGAAGGCAAAUGUCUUGAUCACCCCUUUCCUCAUUCCCCAAAUGAGCCCCACUCCUUCCCAAACUACAAGAAGAAAUUUCUUAUCCCUUUCUUUGUAAAUACCCUCAUCCUGCUGCACAGCUUGGGGAGUCUUCUCCUGGCUGGGAUGUUCACUUGAGCCGUUAAGGAGCACCAGAGCUUCUGCACCCUGCCUUAGGCCAGACCCAAGUCUGGGGUCAGCCUUUGUAUAUGGUUUCACCUUCCCAUGCUGCACUCAGGCCCAAGCCGUGUGUGAAUCAUGGGAAGGACCGAGGUGGAUGCUGGGAAGCGGGUGCCUCCCUCCCAGCAUGCCUCUAGAAGGAAUGGACACCUGAGUUUGGCUUUUCUGGAAGAAUAUUGGAGAAGGGGCCUCAGUUCGUACACUGGGAACCACACUGUAGCCUGCCCCCUUCUGCACUGUCAUUCUCACAGGUGGGCCUCUGCACGUUCAUGCACGCACACAUGCACGAGCAAACACACACCACACACACACACACAUACACACACACACACACACACACACACACAGACCACAUGCACUCCCACCACUCUGUAUGCAACCUAGUCUUGCCAAAGAUUUCUUUUAAAGAAGAGCACUUUUUUACCCAUUUUUUUUUUUUUUUUUUUUUGUGAGUGAUCUGUUUUGCUGUUCUAUAUUGUUGAGCCUGUAUGUCAGCAGGGAGAGUGCUGUCCGCUCUUAAAUGUGAGUGAAGGAGGAGGGGUCAGGAAGGCAAGAGAAUCUGGCAGCCUGUCUCGCCAUCCACCAUCCACGAGAACCCUCAGCUACAGCCUGGGUCCAUACUGCCUCUGGCGACUCUAAAGAUUGCUGAGGUUGGCCUGGGGCCUCACCCUCCCUGGUAUCUGAGGGUGAGAUGGCAGAGAGGGACACUGAUGAGCCAGGUGUGGGGGGAGGGAAGGCCCCCAUAGUUCCAGGGGAUAAGAGUGAAGAGCUGGGCUAGAAUACAAUGGAUAGGUGGCCCCAAAGGGAAACCUGGGAAAAAUAAACAAUUGGAUAUUGAAGUCACUAUUGUGCUACUGUGGACCCCUGACUCCCUUGUCUAGCUAUAUCUGAGGAACGAAUUCACGUCUUAGGUUUGGAAAGGCCAUUUGAGUCCUCUCCCCUGGCCUAUCCCCAGUGGCUUAGAUGGCUUUGGACAUGAUUGCCAGGAUUUCUGGUACACCCUGGCUUUGGAGAGUCCCUGGAGAGACCUAUCUGGGGGUGUAGGGAGGUCACUGUGGCUGUGUGUCCCUCUAGAAAGGGGCUUUCAGGAAAGAGAAAGACCUUGCCCUAGGCUUGAAUAGAGAUGUAACAGACUCCCUCUGCUGUCUGGGAAGUGCGGGAGAGACAUGUGAGUGAACAGCAUCCAUCCUGCUCUGGGUUUUCUUCUCCAUCCUACCUAAGAUUUCUGAUCCCCCUUUCCCAGCUUUAGACCUUGGGGAGAUCCAUCCAAGGGAACCAGCCCUCUCCUGCCUCCAUGCCUUGGGUCCUUGAAGAGCUGGGACCCAAAGCUAGGGCCACCCCUACACUUAGGCCUUGGUGGAAGAUCUAGAGACUGGUGUUUCCAUAGUCAGUGGUGACAGGAUGUUUGUGUGUGUGUGUGUGUAAGUGUGGGCGUGUGUGCAUGGUUUGCUCUCUUUAGGGAACUUCGAGGUGGGAGAUGGAGGUGGUGGAUGGAGGGAUGUCAAGUUCGAUGUGACCCAGUAGUGAGAAGAACCAGGAGGUGAGGCCCAAUGGGCCACAGAUUGGUAGUAUUUUAGUACUGGUAAUGGAGAGGACAGCCACGUGGGAGAAGGCUCAGCAGGCCUCUUCCUUGUUGUCUCCUGUCUCCUCAAACGGCUGACAAGUUGGAGGGUCCCAGUUGGUUCCCAUGCCUGGGCCCCUCACAACAGCAAGGCCAUCGAUGUGCGACACACCCACGACAUGUCUUCUCGUCAGUGUUCACAACCCAGCCCUUCUUGUGGACCCACAUCUGGCUCGUUUGUGUGUGAGCGUGUUGGGGUGUGCAUGUGGUAUCUCCUCACGUUCUUUCUUCCCUUCUUUCAUUCAAAACAAAUGUAAGAAGUUCCGUACACCCUGGUUAUCCCAACCCUGCCUCUCGGGCCCUCUGCUGGGAAACCCACGCCCAGAGUCCAUCCCCUGACUCCCCCCCCCCGCCCCCCGCAGCCCUCUGCUGUGUAUUUAUAGAUGGAAAUAUACUUUAUAUUUUGUAUCAUUGUGCCUAUAGCUUCCGCCACCUUGUAUAAACCCUGUUGUAUGCUACGUGUUCUGGAUACGAAUGUAUGUACACAUAUGCUGUUUCCCUCUGUACAGCUGCCUGUCUCUUACAAUCCAUUGUAUGGCUUUAUAAAUGAUAAUGUUAAACACA